AGCGUGAGUGGGGCGGGCACGUGACACGGGCGCGGGGAUUGCGAACGGCGGAGCCGGAGGCACUGACAGGACCAUGCCCAGGAUCACUCUGAAUGGCAUCACAGUGGAUUUCCCCUUCCAGCCCUACCCGUGCCAGGAAGCCUACAUGGCCAAGGUGCUGGAGUGCCUGCAGAAGAAGGUGAAUGGCAUUUUGGAGAGCCCCACAGGCACGGGGAAGACCCUCUGCCUGCUGUGUUCCACCCUGGCUUGGCGGGAGCACUUCAAGGACACCAUCUCAGCCCGGAAAAUCGCUCAGCGUCUGCACGGGGUGGAGCUGUUUCCUGGCAGACCCCUGUCCUCCUGGGGCACUGCUGCCACGGAUGGUGAUGUCCCGACUUAUUACACUGACAUUCCGAAAAUAAUUUAUGCCUCCAGAACUCACUCCCAACUUACACAAGUCAUUAAUGAGUUGAAGAACACAGUCUACAGGCCAAAGAUAUGUGUGUUGGGAUCCAGAGAGCAGCUUUGCAUCAAUCCUGAAGUGAAGAGACAGGAGAACAACCACAUGCAGAUCUACAUGUGCCGAAUGAAAGUGAUGACUCGUGCUUGUCACUUCUAUAACAAUGUGGAAGAAAAGAGUACACAGAAAGAACUGAUUGAACCAAUCAUGGAUAUUGAAGACUUGGUUAAAAAUGGAAACAAGCACAGAGCUUGUCCUUAUUAUCUCUCUCGAAGCCUGAAGCAGCAAGCAGACAUUAUUUUUAUGCCUUACAACUAUUUACUAGACUCAAAGAGUCGGAAAGCUCACAACUUAGACCUGAAGGGGACUGUGGUAAUACUUGAUGAAGCUCACAAUGUGGAGAGGUUGUGUGAGGAGUCCUCUUCCUUUGACCUGACUCCCUAUGAUUUGGCUUCGGCGAUGGACGUGAUAAACGUCAUCCUGGAGGAACAAGCCAAGGUCGUUCAACAGAAUGAAAUCAAUGCUGAAUUCAACAUGGAGCUGGCCAGUUCAGGACUGAACAUGGAACUCGAAGAUAUAGCAAAGAUCAAGAAAAUUCUUCUUCAACUAGAAAGUGCUAUUGAUGCAGUGGAGCUGCCACUGAAUGGUAAAGGAGUCACCAAAGAGGGAAGCUACAUCUUUGAUCUGUUCGCAGAGGCUCAAAUAACAUUCCAGACCAAAUCCUCCCUCUUGGAGUCACUGGAGCAAAUUUUACAGUAUCUUUCAGGCCGUACUGGGAUAUUUAUCAAUACAUCUGGAUUGCAUAAACUCUCAGAUAUUAUCCAGGUACAUAUUCAUGUGGAUAACAGUAAUCAGAAAAAGAAACAAAAGACAGAUGUCUGGAAUUCACCAUCUUCAAAAAAACAAGGAAAGACUUUAAGCUAUUGGUGUUUCAGCCCUGGCUACAGCAUGCAUGAGCUCGUUCGACAGGGAGUCAGGACAAUUAUCCUCACAAGUGGGACUCUCUCCCCCCUCUCAUCAUUUACAAUGGAAAUGCAGAUCCCUUUUCCUGUUUGCUUGGAGAAUCCUCAUGUUAUCGAUAAACACCAGCUCUGGGUUGGGAUCAUUCCGAAAGGACCUGAUGGAGCUGUGCUUACUUCUAACUAUGAAAGAAGGUUUUCAGAGGAUUAUUUGUCUUCUUUGGGAAAAACAAUUGGUAACAUUGUGCGAGUUGUACCACAUGGGCUGUUGGUGUUCUUCCCAUCGUAUCCUGUCAUGGAUAAGAGCCUGGAAUACUGGAGAGAGCAUGAUUUUGCUAAAAGAAUAGAAGAAGUGAAGCCAAUGUUUGUGGAACCCAGGAACAAAGGAAGCUUUUCAGAGGUGAUUGAUGCCUAUUAUGAUAAAGUCAUCUGUCCUAAGUCCAAUGGAGCUACAUUUUUGGCAGUGUGUCGGGGGAAGGCCAGUGAAGGCUUGGACUUUGCAGAUACAAAUGGACGAGGAGUCAUCAUUACUGGGCUUCCAUUUCCCCCUCGUAUGGAGCCCAGAGUCAUUUUGAAGAUGAAGUUUCUGGAUGAAAUGAAGAGAAGUGGUGCAGGUGCACGGUACCUGUCUGGGCGUGAGUGGUACAGUCAGCAAGCGUCCCGGGCUGUCAACCAGGCGAUCGGCCGGGUCAUCAGGCACCGCCAGGACUACGGUGCCAUCUUCCUGUGUGACCAGAGGUUCACAACUGGGGCUGUAAGAGGCAAACUGCCCUCGUGGGUCCGUCCUUACGUGAGUGUUUAUGACAACUUUGGCCACGCAGUCAGAAGUGUCUCCCACUUCUUCCGCGUUGCUCAAGAAACUAUGCCCCCACCCCUGCCCCAGUGCCCUCCUGGCCAUGCUGGUUCCCUAAGUGACAGCAGUUCAGCACCAUCUACUUCAUCUGAGCAGAUCCCCUCCGUCAAAAAAGCGAAAAACUUGGAUGACCAUGUCCCCAGUUUGAAGAGGAAAAGGAAAGUAAAGGGAGAGGGAACAUCCAGCCUGUGUGUGGAAUAUGAACAAGAGUUUGUCUCGCCCAGAAGAAAGUGUGUUGGGCUCUUGGAUGCCCUGGAGCGCAGUGAGAAGAGCAGUGAAGAUGCAGAGGAGGAACCUGACUUGCCAGGAGAGGAAAAGGCACAUCGUCUGUCUACACUUUCCCUUCAGUAUGAGAAGAAGUUAACAGAUGAGCAGAAAGGAGGAAGGAAGAAAAUAAAGCUAGUCAGCAAUACACAGGCCCUUAGGAAAGCUGAGCUGCCAGAGCCAAAGAAGGCCCGAGCCACAUCGUACAUCAACACACUGAAGGAGACCCUGAGCCAGCAGAACUAUGAGCUCUUCUCUAAGGCUCUGCAGCAGUACAAGAAGACAGAUGACUUCCAUACCAUGUUAUCCGAAAUGAGCUCCCUCUUCAUAGAGGAUGAGAAAAAGCACGUCUUGUUACGAGAAUUUUACCAGUUUGUUCGACCUCAGCAUAAAAAGCAGUUUGAUGAAGCGUGCUGCAGCCUGACUGGAGAGGGCUGUGGCUACAAACCUGAGCACAGCCUCCUGCUGGAGGAGAGGGAGAUCCUGGCCAAGAGAGCAGAAUCAAAACAGAGUCAGCAGAAAAGUGCAUUCUCCAAGGCCUCACGUGCUCAGCUGAACCCUGGGCUCCACCUGAACCAGGGAGGAUUCCACUUGGCAACACGACUGAAUAGUGCAGGGCGCAAUGCCAGUGGAGCUCCAAGGAAAGAGGCUGGAAGGCCUGCAGGCUCCAGGAAAGACCAUCACCAGGCCCUCAGGACUGCCUAUCUCAGGGAUGUGCAAAGGGCUCUGGACAAAAGCACUUACAGCCAGUUCCACGAAGCGUUGCUGGCUUACAAGAAGACGGAUAAUUAUGACGCGAUGAUAUCGGUGAUCGCAGCCCUCACCACGGAGAGGCCACAGGACUUUCAUCUCCUACAAAGGUUUUACAUGUUUGUGCGUCCUCACCACAAAAAGCAGUUCAAAGAGAUGUGUGAGAGUUUGACUGGAAUGGUCUGUGGUGAGGGGAAGAAGCAACUGCAGCAGCCAGUGCAAACUGAAGGGAAACCCCUGAGCUUGGAGAGCUGGUGGACAAAAGGAAACAGCCACAUACAAGAUGCUUCCACUUCUAAGAUUGACGUGCCAGAGACAAUUCAGAGUAAGAUUUCCUCGUUUUGCUUCAGCCAGAAAAGUGAACUUGAGCUGCCAAAGACUGAAGUAUCCAAAGGAACUGGUAACGUGAGAGCACCCUCAGACUCUGGAGUGGUGCCCAUCUUUCCCCUGGAUAUGGAACCAGAGUUUGGUGGUGAAGAAGUGCCCGGAGUGCUGCAGUGACGUGAAGAGGAAGCGAUUACUCCAGGUUUUCUUAUGGUUAUAAUCCCACCCAUAGGAAGGGCAACAAGCCCCCUGUGCCCAGCAGAAGGUGGUGGCUGUGCUCCAGCUCUGCCACUGAGCAGGAGCAGGAUGGAGGUUCAUGCAAACCCCUUUGAUCUUUUCCUCUGGAUUACGAUGCACCAACACGUAUCAUUUUCCUACGGAGGGGGUCGAGUCUGAAGGGUCUUGCUGCAGGAAACAAAGCAGGACAUUGUCUUCUGUUGGAACUAGGAAGGUUAACUUUUUACUUGUUUUAACCUGUGAAUUCUUCUGUGGCCACUCUUAGGCUGAAAUUUUAUAUCCUUAGGGGCAUCUGUCAUUUACAUGCCCUUCAAGGAAUACCAGACCCUGGGAAAACCCCAGGAACGCUGUUACAGUGAAACUGAGCUGGCUAAGGAGGCCAGACUACCCAUCCAUACCACACCGGUGUUCCUGGAAGAGGUGAUUCACAUUCACUGUUUGGUGUUUGGCAGCAGCCACUGUCUCCAGUAGCAAAAGAUACUGAAAGGAUCAUUUUUUACAGAAAUUUUCCAUCGGUGGAUAGUGAGCAGAAGCUCCCUCUCAUCUGUGCACCCCAGAGCCUUAUUCCAUCUUCCAUUGUGCUGGGAUUUUUUGAAAUGUGCUUCUGAGGAGCCUUUAUUUUCUGCUCAGUGCCGGUGUUUCCAUGUAUCUGUGUUAUUUGAUGUUUGUUUUCCAAGAAGAAAAAGGAACUAAUCCGUCUAAAACUUAAAAAUAUAUCAUGUUAGAUGGGUUAAAAAAAAAAAUUCCUUAAUACUUCCACUCUCUGUGAGUAGUGGGUAUAAGUGGUUAACCUGGAAAAUUUUAUCAAUUUUAAAUCUAACAUAGCUGCUGUAAAUAAGAUGGUACAUAAAACCAUUCUGUUUUAUUUGGGUUUGGUUUUAUUUUUUAAAAAAAAGGUUUAAAAGAAAUGACCAGAUAUAAAAAAUACUGGGUAUUGGGUCUCAGUGGUCCUGGUAGGAACAAGUAGAAAGGUUAAAAUCACCCUGUUGGUGAUUUUCAUAUCAAUGGAAUUUGGAAAAUUUUAUCCUAAUAAAAUUUUAUUGUUAAUAAUUGAUAAAACUGAAAACCGAGUUGAAUUUUAACAAAAGUUCUUAUUUCCCUGGUUAUAGAAUUCAAAACUGGUGUCACCAAAGCAACUCCAUACCUGAAAUGUGCCUGAUUUUAUUUGUUGGUCAAGGGGUCGAACCUUCGCAAGUUGUACUGAGCGCUUUUCAUCAUCCUUAGUUCUCCUUUGCUUUUUUAACAAAUAAAGCAACUCCUG